AUGGCACCGAGGUUGGGAAUCUUUCUGAUUUGGGCUGGAGCCUGUGUCUUUCUACAACUGGACCAUGUGGAUGGAGACUAUGUCCAAUGUGUCUUUCCCUUUAUCUAUUGUGGUCAAACAUAUGACAAUUGCACAACUACUGGGAGUGUGUUUGGGAUGCCUUGGUGUUCAGUCACUCCUAACUAUGAUGAGGAUGGAAGUUGGAAAUAUUGCUAG